ACGGAUAGUUGACUCGUAAUUAGCACCUUAAUCUUCAUGCCAAAGGCCUUUGUUGGGUUGAUCAAGAAGGCCGAUACUAUCUACGGUGAGACAGGAUUUGACAGCUUCAAGAUCAACAUUGAUUUUGAGAAGGUGGAGUUUGUCGAAACUUUGAGAAGCUCGGAGGCGUCGUCACUAUUUCACAUCAGCUACUGCGGCAAGGUCCGGGUCCUGAAAAUUUUCCACAAACAGAGAUCCUGGCUAUGCUUCUGACCUUCUUCGUGAUUUAAACCCUCUCGCUGCGAAAUUAGAGCCUAUUGCUACUUCAAACAGUUCAGAAUAUGCGAUACUGGCUUCAUUCCCAAGUUUACGAAUUUGCGGUAAAUAUCAAGCUGGUGGCCUGUGCUCUCUACCUUGAUGCCUUUCGGCAAGAUACCAACCAUCCAUGUGCCAUUUUAGUCAAGUUUCUGUCAAAGUCUCUCCUAUUGAACUGUGUUACUUACACACCAGAUUGAUUGUGAAAGGAUGUUAUAUUCAUCCAGCAAAUUCACUCUGCUUGAGUCAAGCACUAUCCAAAAAAUGUAAUCAUUGUUCCUGGUGAUCCUGAGAGAGUUGUGUGGAUUGAUUUUGAUGCCAACAUUGUGUUUCCCUAAAAUAGUUCAAUUGAAGGGAAGGAAUGUGAGCAGAUUGACUUUGAAACUGCUGUUGUUGAAAGUUUCAGACCAUUGCCUGUUUGUCAUCUCACAACCUUUAGUUAUUGCUUAUUUAUUGAGGAGAAACUAAUGAUGUCUGCAGGAAAGAGACCAAAAAAGGGGUCUUGCGCCCUAUACCAAAUUCUACCAGAAAAAGUACUUUCAAGGAGACAC